AUGCAGUUCCAUCAUCAGUAUAGAGCACCGCCUCCACCGAGGUCGGUUAGACAGUUCACACAGCUUGGGAUGCCACUGAGCCGAGCUUUUCAGAGAUUGGUUGAGGGAGGACUAAUUGCCCCACUACCGCCUAGACCACCAUUACAGCCUACCCCCCCAGGAUUCAGGACAGAUCUUCACUGUGCCUACCAUCAGAGAGCAGGCCAUGAUACAGACAGUUGUUCAACACUGAGACAUGCCAUUCAGGAUUUGAUUGAUCAGGGCUUGGUUGAUUUAGGGCGCCCGGGUGUAGCCACAGACCCGCUACCUACUCAUGACACUAGAGCAGUACCUCCACCCUUGGAAGGGCCGAUCAGUCCAUACGAGGAGUCAGAUUUUGUUGGAUAUAUACCUAGACAGCAGAUCCGCAGGCCAUUCAGUUUGACCCCAGACAAGAUUUAUGGGCCGCCUCCGGUAUCACCAGUAUACUUACAGCAUGUGCCACCUAUGACACCCUUCAUUCUGUUCCCAGAGGAAUAUAGGCCCCCUCACAGAGAUGUUCAGAUAGUUACACGGAGUGGAAGGGUAGCACAACCUCCACCCGUUGACAGGUCAUUUGCUGGUAUAGCUGCCAGAGAGAAGGUUCAGAGGGAAGAUGAUGAGAUAUUAUGCCAGCUGUGCACUACUCAAGCUCGCAUAUCUAUUUGGAGCCUUUUGGCCUCAUCUAGUACACACAGAGAUUCAUUGGUUAGAGCCCUUGGCCAAAUUAGGAUUGACACUGCUACUACCCUAGAGGGGCUUAUUCACAUGUUGACAGCUGAUAGAGCUACAUGCAUAGUGUUUUCUGAUGAUGACUUGCCACCAGAGGGAUCAAAUCAUGUUCGACCCUUAUUCAUUGAUGUUGUUUGUUCAGACCGUCGGGUGCCGUCUGUUCUGCUGGACAAUGGUUUUGCCCUGAACGUCUGUCCAUUGGUUACUGUUAUUGCACUUGGGUUUUCGCCAGCCGAUUUUAGGGCUUCUACACAGAUUGUUAGAGCUUAUGAUGGGACUCAGAGGACAGUUUUAAGGAUUCAGUCAUCCUUUAACCUGCUUCUUGGUCGCCCAUGGAUUCAUGAGGCUGGUGCUAUACCAUCUUCCCUUCAUCAGAAGGUGAAGUUCAUACACGAGGGGGGCAUUAUCACGAUACAGUCUGAUAGAGAUAUUAUCACUUCGUCUGAGCCAGUGUUACAUAUCAGUCACAGUGAGAAUGACUUACAUUUGACCGGGUUUACGUUCGAUGAGGUUCAGGUUGUCAGCUUAGAGGAUGGCAGCAGAGAUAUGGUACCUAUGUCAUUUGACUAG